UGAAUCUAUUGCCCCUAUUUCCUGUCACAUGGGUUGGAAAUAGGAUCCCUCUUUCUACUAUCUGUUCCCGUCUUUGUGGUGUCAGCGUAGUAGAAGCUGUAGGAACUGCCUUGAAGUUCAGGGACUUUUAACGCUGGGCAAAGAGCGACUCCUGCACAGACCCAGAGAGUCUGCCAGACAGCCAGUCAGUCAGUGAGUCAGUCAGUCAGUCAGUCCACCAGCCCGCUGGUCUGCGCAUCUGUCCGUCUGGCUGCACUUCACCUGAGAGCCAGUUCAGACUCUUUAAUCACACGAUGGAUUCCUUGACAGUCACCUCUGCUAUUCUUCUCGCUGGGGUUAUUUCCUCUGCGGCUUUUAGUGUUUUCGACACUGAGUGUUACACUGCCAACGGUGAAGACUACAGGGGCUUCCAGAACCAGACCAGCCUGUAUGGUGGUAAACCCUGCCUCUUCUGGAAUGAGACCUUUCAGCACCCUUACAACACCCUCAAAUACCCCAAUGGAGAGGGUGGUUUGGGCAGCCACAACUACUGCAGGAAUCCUGAUGGGGACGUGCAGCCGUGGUGCUACAUCGCAGAUCAUGAAGACGGGAUCUACUGGAAAUACUGCGACAUCCCUACAUGCAAGAUGCCUGGGAACUUGGGCUGCUUCAAAGACAGCGGUGACCCGCCCACUCUGUCCGGCACCAGCGAGACCUCCAACAAACUCACCAUCCAGAACUGUAUUAGCUUCUGUAGGAAACAGAGAUACAAGCUUGCCGGCAUGGAGUCAGGAUAUGCCUGUUUCUGUGGCAACGAAGUGGACCAGCAUGACCACGGCGAGUCGCCUAGCAUGGAGUGUAACCAUGUUUGCUUCGGCGACCACACCCAGCCCUGCGGUGGGGACGGCUGGGUCAUCAUCUUUGACACCCGAGUCGGAGCCUGCGGUGGAAACUACUCCUCUCCAUCAGGAGUGAUCUACUCCCCUGACUUCCCCGACAAGUACGGGGCUGGCCGUGUUUGCUACUGGACUAUCCAGGUCCCUGGAUCCUACGCCAUCCUCUUCAACUUCACCUUUUUUGAGAUCUCUGACCAGACAGACAUGGUGGAGCUACUGGACGGCAACACCAACCAGGUGUUGGCGCGCUUCGACUGGCGCAGCCCGCCAAGGGAGCUAGUGAACGUCACUGGUGACUUUGUCAUACUGUACUUCUACUCAGACCGCACCAACCAGGCCCAGGGAUUUGCUCUGCUUUACCAAGCACUGAGAAGCCAGGACACCAGAACAAUGGAGGCUGAAGGAGAUGAGGAGGAUGAAGGAGAGGACGUCUCUAGCACAGCGGGGCCCCAGCUAGCUGGCGCCAUCACCGAGAGAUCCAACAGCACCUCGAACGGACGUUCCUCCCAGAUCCUCUACGUGAUCACGUCCAGCCCCGGUAAACCGGAGCACAACAUGCCAGGUCAGUGGGCUGGACGCGGCGAGACCACCGGCCACAGUGCUAUGUGGACCAUUUACGCCCUGGCUGCUCUCCUCAUUCUGACGGUCAUAGCCAUGGUGGCGAAGCUUCUGCUGCAUAUGACGGUCAAGUCUCCGAACAUCCCAACGGUCAGCAGUUCAGACAGCUGCAGCCAGAGCACAGCAUCCUCUGAGCCUUGGAUCAUCCUGUACCAGCCUUCCACCAUCUCCCUCUUCAAAAAGAAGCUAAAGAACCACCACGGCGACCUCAGCCCCCUGGUGGGAAACUAGCUCCACUGCUGCGCUCCACCGUUAACCAAACGCUACCGCCACCCACAACUACUCUGUACAAGGGCCGUCAGAUGCCAGGUCCUCAGACAAUGAAACUAUAGGAGGCGCUACGCCAACAAGCCAACAACUGAGUGACUAAUGACAACUGACUGAGUGACUGCUACUAAAUGGCCCGUGGCCCAAAAGUGGCUGGGCCCUCCCAUCCUGCUCAGCACCAAAGAGGAAGGGGACAUGCAGGGCUGUCAGUGGCCUCCGUGUGGGAGAGGAGAGCGAAGGAGUAGAUGGAGGACGACCGGCAGCUCUGACAAGGACGCUUUUAACAUGCAGGAAGCUUCUCUGGUUCAGCGAGGCCCCAUUUCCAUCACCCACGGAUGUCCCUAACAAUCAACAUACCUCCAAAAACCCUUCCAGACUGUAGGCUCACCAGUGAAAACACAACAUAGCCGGGUGCAGAUUAACGGCUAACUUCACGGUCUGUGUUCAGUUUAGGAAACAGGGAGGUUUACCUCUUCCUGGUGUUUCAGAGUCACAGCAGCAACCAAAUCUUCAUCAGCAUUAAGGAGGGGAUGAAGACAUGGAGUCUUUGAUACAUACACACACACACACACACACACACACACACACACAUAGGGUGUAACACUUAACAGCUUAACAGUUUUGUAUAACUCUUCUAACUGCCUCAUGAGGACGAUGAAUAUUUUCUGCCAAAAACCCGAAUUCUCCCAUCCAAAGAGUUAUAUAUUUAUUUGUCUUUUGGAUUCCUUAUGCAAAGUACUAAUGUUUCUUUUUGAUGUGUUUAACAUGACAACUAGCUUUCUGAGAAGAGGGAAACAGGACAUGGAAACGAUACACGGAAGGUAGAUAUCACAGCACUUUGGGGAUGAAUCACUCGCCGUAAAAUGAAAAGAUCAGAGAGAGAGAGAGAGAGAGCACGCUCGCCCACUCGUUCACUCAGCGCUCAUGUGGAUUUGGGUGGAGA